AGUGGAGGAGCACAUUGGAGAAGGGAAAAGAUAUCAUGCCAAGGACCUACAGACGGAAGACCAGCUGGGGCUCAACACCCCUGGAGGAGAUUGAAAGGGCAGCGAGUGAAGUCAAGGGAGGAAAGUCCAUAAGAUCAGUGGCUAAAGAAACACAAAUUGACAGGUCAACACUCAGGAGAUAUACUAAAAAGAGGGACACACAGGAGGUCAAAUCGGUUGGCUAUAGUGGAACAGCUUCAGCAAAGAGAGUCUUCUUUGAGGAGGUGGAGAAGGAGCUAGCAGAGCAUAUCAAGAAGCUUGCAGAGCAGUUCCAUGGCAUUUCCCCAAAGAAAUGCCGUGAACUGGCAUUAGAAUUGGCAGGCAGAAACAACAUUCCUACUCCCAGCAACUGGACAGAGAAAGGUUUAGCCGGUAAAGAAUGGUUCAAGAAUUUUUUGGCACGCAACCAUCUCUCUUGCCGUAUGCCUGAGGCAACAUCUUUGGGAAGAGCUACAGCCUUCAAUAAGACUACAGUUAGGGAGUUCUUUGACAAUCUGGCUAAAGUGAUCGACAGGUAUAAAUUCCCCCCAAACAUGAUUUUUAAUGUUGACGAAACAGGUGUAACAACAGUACAGACACCAAAGCAGGUAGUGGCAGAAAAAGGAAAAAAACAAGUGGGCUCCAUCACAUCUGCUGAAAGAGGCGAACUGGUGACUGUAGUCUGUGCUGUCAAUGCGACUGGUAACGCAGUCCCUCCGAUGUUUAUCUUCCCAAGGGUUAGAUACAAAGACCACUUCAUUGCAGGAGCUCCUCCGGGAUCAAUUGGUACCACUACAAGAUCAGGCUGGAUCAGUGAAGAUGUCUUUGUUGUGUUCCUUGAACAUCUGGUUCAGCAGACCAAGUGCUCCCCUGACCUGCCACUGCUGCUAAUCAUGGAUAACCAUGAAGCCCACAUUUCACUGAAGGCUUUGGACAUAGCAAAAACAAGUGGUAUUGUAAUGCUCACAAUUCCACCCCACACUUCCCAUCGCCUUCAGCCUCUGGAUAAGUGUGUGUAUGGUCCAUUUAAAACCUAUUACAACAGAGCUCUUGAUGGCUGGAUGAGGUCCAACCCAGGCAAAACUGCCAGCAUAUACCAAAUUGCUGGUUGUGUGAAUGAUGCUUUCAUGUCAGCAAUGACACCACGAAAUAUCUCCUCGGGAUUUAGAGCCACUGGGAUUUUCCCUUACAACAGAGAUAUCUUCUCUGAUGCAGAGUUUGAGCCAUCCAUGGUGUCAGACAGGCCCAACCUGGAGCAGCAGCCUGCCGCUGAAGGUGUUGCACCUGUGGUUUCAGCCUCUCUUUCUGCUGAGCUACCUUCACCAGACCCUGUACAUGCAUGUGGUUCACGAAGUGACCCCAACCAUGCUCGAUAUGUGUCUCCCACUGAUAUUCUACCCUUACCCAAAAGUCAGCAGCCCAGGAAACAAACAAAUCGAAAGCGUGUGAAGACACGAAUCCUGACUGAUACACCUGAAAAGCAGGCAAUUGAGAGAGCCCAUGAAGAAAGGACAAAUAAACUGAAAGGCAAAAAAGAAAUAAGCCACAAAAAGCAAGGAAUGUGGAAGAGGAAACAAACCCAGACAAAAAUUGCAGUGGAAAGCAGCUCUGAGGAGAGUGAUGUUCCCAUCCCAUUCGAAGACACUUCUGAGUAUGAGAGUUCCAGCGAUGAAAGAAGUGAACCAGAUGUCUCAGACCUGGUACUUGGUGACUUUGUCAUCGUAAGAUUUGCAUCCAAAUCCAGGAGCCACCAUUACAUUGGCCUGGUUGACAGCUUUGCAGACAACGAAGUGAGUGCCAGAUUUCUCAGAAGAAUCCGAGGGAUCACUAGCAGUAAGAAACCCACGUUUGUGUUCAAGGAAAAUGAUGAGGCAUCUUUCCCACGCAAGGAUGUGCUGAAGAAGCUACCUCAACCUCAACAGGCUGGAGGAACUGCAAGGAGGGAGCAACAGUUCAUAUUCCCCUGCAACCUUGAUCAUUGGAAUAUUGAAUAGUUCUUUUGAAUAAAUGGUUUUGAACUGGUGGUUUGUUUAGAAACCACCAGUUUCCAGGUUUGUUCUCACAGGUUUACAACUGUUAAAAUGGUUUGUUUUCACAAUAUGAUCCGUUUUACAUUUUAAAAACUACAUGGUCAGUUUGCCCCAAGAUGGCUCAGUUUACCCACUGACUAGGUUCAAUUUACCCCGAAUCUGGGGCAAGUUGAGCCAAAGGAGCAUUUUUUUUUAAUAGGUCAUUAUUUUGGGCAGCGUCAUCAGACAUAGAUUCUGAUCAUUACAUUUGAAAGGAGACAUCCUGAAAUAAAGGAAUAUGUUAUCAUUCUAUUUCUGUGUCAUUUUUUUCUCACAUCCAGGGCAACAUGAGUAAAAAGUGGCUCAUCUUACCUCACUCUC